CUCACUAUACAAAAACGACCACUGGUUCGUAACCAACGGUUCAAUCUUACCAGGUGAUUAUUGAAGCUUGCCAUUGCUUCGACCCUUCCGUCUUUGUCGUUUCUGUCUCUCUUUCUCUUCUCUUUUAAUUAUAUUAUCUUGAAACAACCCAUGUCCUCUUCUGUAGCAUCUCGCCGACCAAAGCGACUCGCAACGGACGUAAUAGGCCAGUUGGAGGACCAGUUGAAGGUGAACGAUAGGGACAUUGGCUCGUGGUUGACGCUUAUUCAACAUGUGAUUGCAAAGGAUAAGACUGAACAGGUGCGUGCUAUCUACGAGCAGUGUCUGAAGAUAUUCCCGUUUCUCGAGAGAAUCUGGAUAGGAUACAUUCAGUACGAGUUGAACAGAGGCGAGUUUGAUAAAGUUGAGGAACUGUUCAAGAGAUGCCUAUUCCAGUCGACUGGUGUGGCGCUAUGGCAGUGCUAUGUUGGUUACAUUAGAAGAAAGAACAAUUUGAUUACCGGUGGUGAGGAGGCUAGACGAGUCAUCUUCCAGGCUUAUGACCUUGCUGUGUCCAAGGUUGGCCAGGACCCGCUCAGUGGAUCCCUGUGGGAAGAGUACAUCCAGUUCAUCGACGACUGGAAGCCAGGGUCAUCCUGGGAUGAGCAGCCAAAGUUCGAUUUGAAGAGAAAAGUUCUGAAAAGAGCUCUCACCAUACCGCUUGGAAAUCUGGAGAAGCUGUGGACCAUCUAUACAACGUUUGAAAACGAUUUAAACGUCACCACGGCUAGAAAAUUCAUCGCAGACAUCUCAGGUGCCUACAUGAACGCAAGAUCUCUCUACAAGGAGUCCUCAAAGUUCCUAGACACCAUUGAUAGGUCUGAUGAUAUAAUUCCUGAGGGUGUUUAUUCACCACAGCAGUUGAAGGCAUGGAAAGGUUGGAUAUCUUGGGAGAAGUUGAACAGGCUGGAGCUGGAUAACACACAGUUGCUGGAGCGUAUCGACUACAUCUACCAGCAAGCCAUUCAAAAGUUGAUCUUCCAUCCAGAGAUCUGGUUUGAUAUGGCUGAUUAUUACAAGCAGAAUCCUCAGUACUUUUCAAGUACCAAAUUACAGGACUUGUUGAGGGUGAGUCUGCUCGUCAACCCAGGGGCAUUCAGUCUGAACUUCAAGUUGAUUGAUCUGUACGAAUUGGAUGACAACAGUGCGCAAUUGACUAAGACCUUUGACAGUCUCCUAGAGUUCUUGAACCACAACUACUCGCAACUGCUCGAACAGGAGGAAGACUUGAAGGCCAUUGCCUUGGAAGACUAUAUCAACCUCAAACAGUCGCAAGACGAGGAUGGUGAUGGCCCUGACGCUAAGCCAAUAUCUGAGGAGGAAAAAGAGAGCAUCUAUAAAGCAAACCCGGGAAUCAAAGCGAUUCGACUACAAAUGCAGAAAUUGUCAAAGACUGUAUCUUUGACGUAUUGUACCUAUAUGCACACCUUGAAACGUAUGCGUGGUAUUGAAGCUGCACGUCCAAUAUUCAAGGCUAGUCGUGCCUCUAAGGCUAAGACCCACCAUAUAUUUACGGAGGCUGCUCUGAUGGAGUACCGUCAUGAGCCAACGAAGAAAAUUGCAUUAAAGGUGUUUGAGCUAGGGCUUAGACCUUCUAAUUUCCCGAACGAUGGUGAAUUGAUUUACAAAUAUUUACAGUUUCUCAUGAGAACCCAGGAUGAUAUCAACGUUCGUACGGUUUUCGAAACUACGUUGAAGAAGCCAAUCGAACAGGAGUGGAUGCAGAAAUUGUUUAAGCUGAUGGUUAGAUUUGAAUCCAGCACUGGUAGCUUGGAGAGCGUGGUUAGGUUGGAAGAGAAGUACCGUGAGCUAUUUCCAGAGGAGGAUGCAAUCGGUCUAUUUGCGGAUCGUUAUUCAUUCAAUGAAUCAGCUAUUUUCGACCCAGAGGUUGAUUUGAUCCGUUACAACGAUCUGAAGCUGAGAAAUCUCACAGGAAGUGAAGGUAAGAGAUCGUUUGCACAGGUUGAAGAGGAGCGUGAAGGGCUCAAUAACGCUGAAAAUAAGGAAGACGAGAGCAGAAAGAAACAGCACGUUGAAAGUGAAGACACUGGCAACGAUGUCGAACCACAAUCUGUGGUGAAACCUGUGUCUCAAGGUGAAUUCGUCACGGACGAGAUUUACAACCUGUUAAGGGUCUUACCUAACAGUGCCAGUAUCGGCGAACCACUGUUUAACAGCUCCAAGCUGAUUGCUCUUUUAAAAGGUCUCGAGUAAGGCGACGAGAGGCGUGUGAAGUUAGAGCCUACAAGAUGUACACUUUGACAUACAGCGACGUACGUACAUGUGCCAUUGUCGUCUUCUGCCUGUCCUGCUGCUGACACUUGCACUUUCUCGAAAUAGCAUAAGUCUACAUAAAUCACAUGGUUUUACACUGUUAAUUGUAUCAUUUUAAACCUCCGUG